AUGGAAAGUGUACCCUCGGAAGCAAGUUCAAAUCCUGACCCUGAAGAAAUUGAUAUUCGCAUGGAUCAGGAGAUUCGAGAAACGGAAUUACCAGAUAAUCGGAAACAGGAGACGUUAUCAAACAACAAAGGCAAUACUGGGACAAAGAGAGAUUCAGAUUGCCGCUUACUCUGGGAGUUUAUCUAUCACUUGCUCUUGAACAACGAGUACAGCACAUAUAUUUGCUGGGAUAACAAAGAUCGCUUCAUCUUUCGCAUCGUUAACCCUCAUGGUUUAGCCAAAUUGUGGGGUAACCAGAAAAGCAGGUCGACUAUGACUUACGAGAAGCUAUCUCGAGCUCUACGUUAUUACUACAAAAUGGAGAUCAUCAAAAAAGUUCCCGGACAAAGACUCACUUAUCAGUUCAUGCAGUCGCCAAAAGACAUAAAAAAGGGACAACGGGGAGCGAGGCCACACUAUCGACUUGAGCCAUUUUAUUCCAAUUCGUGUCGUUCAGCACAGUCGGGUUCUGAGCAAAAUGAAGCCAGUGAUCUGUGCAGUCAUCAAGCCCCGUCCACGAGCUCCAGACGAAACAGCAACAGUCACAGCGUAUUAGCAUAUUCGAACGAUCUUCACAGCAGUAAUUCGCACAUGAUCUCUGACGGCGUUUCAGCGUUAAAAUCGGCCACGGGCGUCGAACACUUACAUUCAAACGGCAUGAGCUUGGACCAAGGGCACCUUGCUUUUAUCUCUACUCCUGGACAGGUCAUGGAAAACUCUAUCGACAGGAAUUUUGCCACGAACUCAAAGCUAUCUCGUGUUUCAAGCCCAUCGGCUUUCAUGGGGGCCGCAUCGUCCUCACCCUUGAGGUCCAAUGAGAGCCCGCAAAGUGUUUUACUGAAAUCAAGUGAUAUCAAGACAGAGCAAGGGUUUAUGCAGUUCAACAAUGGAGAAGCUUCUAUACCGCAGCUGCCCGACUAUGCAAACUCAUUUCAUUUGAACUGGACUAAAACAAUGACGCAAGACGAACCAGAAGAUCUCUCGAUGGGCACACGACAGCGUAUCACCAAUACGAUAUCCCAUUCCACGCCCGUAGACGAUGCUUGA